AUGAGCCAAUAUAGAAGUAUUGGUGGUAUAUUAAGAUCAUCUUUAAUAGUUAAUGAAAAAAAAAAACAUUCAGCAUCAGUAAUAUUUGCACAUGGAAUAGGAGAAAGGGGUCAGUUGUGGGCUGAUAUUAUAGAAACAAUUCAAUCGAAAGGAAAUCAACACAUUAAAUUUAUAUGCCCAAAUUCACUGGUUGAGCCAGUUUCAAAAUACUAUGACUAUCCAAUUAGAAGCUGGUUUAACUACUCAAGGUUGGGUCAGGAGGAUAGAAAAAGUUUGGAUUUUUCAGCAGCUGCCAUUCUAUCGAUUAUAGAUAAUGAAGUACAAAAUAACAACAUACAUCCUGAAAGAAUAAUAGUGGGUGGGUUCGGACAAGGUGGUGCACUGGCAUUGUAUUCAUUUUUUAAUGGCGGAUACUCGCUGGGUGGUUGCUUUACACUAUCUGGUUAUCUGCCUUUAAAUCAUAGUUUUAAAAAUGUAAUACUCGAUUCAGUUAAUAUAAAAAACCCAUUACUCAUGCUUCACGGUGAUCAAGAUGAACUUAUUGACUUAUCAAUUGGUCAACAAUCAUUCGACUUCUUAAAAAACAAAGGUUGUACAAAUAGCGAAUUCAUUAUAUAUAAAGAUUUGGGUGAUGGUGUGUGUCCAAAAGAAAUCGACGAUAUUUCAAUUUUUUUAAACAAUAAAUUACCAAAUUUAAAUAAAAUACCUAAAUUUGAAAAUGUAAAUAAAUAA